CCGAAAACCAGAUACCAGAUACAUACAAAACAAAUUAAGAAGGAAACUAUUAAGUAAUUUAAUACUAAGAAAAUUUUCGAGUAAAGUCAUCCAAUUUGUGUUGAUGGUAGAAGUAAGAAUAAUUAAUUAAAAUUAUCUUUGUUUUAAAAACUUGUGACUGAAAUUUAAAAAAAAAUAUCACAAUGCCGGGAGGACGGAGAGGAUUAGUCGCUCCACAAAACACAUUUCUUGAAAACAUCAUUAGAAGAUCUAAUUCACAACCCGAUAGCUCCUUCCUACUAGCCAACGCUCAAAUUGUUGACUUCCCAAUAGUAUAUUGCAAUGAAUCAUUUUGUAAAAUAAGCGGAUACAAUCGAGCAGAAGUAAUGCAGAAAUCCUGCCGCUGCGGAUUUAUGUAUGGAGAAUUAACUGAUAAGGAAACGGUUGCACGUGUUGAGUACGCACUCGAGCAUCAGCAGCAUGAUCAAUUCGAGAUACUACUUUACAAGAAAAACAAAACACCAUUAUGGCUCCUUCUUCAAGUGGCACCCAUUCGCAAUGAGCGCGAUUUGGUUGUACUCUUCUUACUUACAUUUCGUGAUAUCACCGCUCUUAAGCAGCCAAUUGAUUCUGAAGAUAGCAAGGGUGGUUUAUCAAAAUUUGCAAAAUUGGCGCGAUCGGUGACACGUAGUCGUCAAUUUAGUUCACAUCUUCCUACAUUAAAAGAUACAACGAAGCAAUCAAAUCUUGCUCAUAUGAUGUCACUUAGUGCUGAUGUUAUGCCGCAAUAUAGACAAGAAGCUCCAAAGACGCCUCCACAUAUUCUUUUACAUUAUUGUGCUUUUAAAGCUACAUGGGAUUGGGUGAUAUUAGGCUUAACAUUUUAUACAGCAAUUAUGGUACCAUACAACGUAGCCUUCAAAAACAAAACGUCAGAAGAUGUAUUUUUACUUGUAGUGGACUCAAUUGUAGAUGUUAUAUUUUUUAUAGAUAUCGUAUUAAAUUUUCACACAACAUUCGUUGGACCCGGAGGCGAGGUUGUUAGUGAUCCAAAGGUCAUUCGCAUGAACUACUUACAAUCAUGGUUCGUUAUUGAUUUGCUGAGCUGUCUGCCUUAUGACGUCUUCAACGCAUUUGAUCACGACGAAGAAGGCAUUGGUUCGCUUUUUAGUGCCCUCAAAGUUGUUCGUUUAUUAAGAUUGGGACGAGUUGUAAGGAAACUAGAUCGCUAUUUAGAAUAUGGAGCAGCAAUGUUAAUACUUUUACUGUGUUUCUACAUGCUUGUGGCUCAUUGGUUGGCAUGUAUAUGGUAUUAUAUCGGACGCACAGAUGCUGACAAUGGAGUACAAUACAGUUGGUUAUGGAAGUUGGCAAAUGUAACGCAAAGUCCUUAUUCAUAUGUAUGGUCUAAUGAUACACGUCUACCAGAACUUGUUAAUGGCCCACCAAGACGUACUAUGUACGUUACUGCUCUUUAUUUUACAAUGACGUGUAUGACUUCGGUUGGAUUUGGAAAUGUUGCAGCCGAGACGGAUAAUGAGAAGGUUUUCACGAUAUUAAUGAUGGUUGUCGCUGCUCUUCUGUACGCCACAAUAUUCGGUCACGUUACAACAAUUAUUCAGCAAAUGACCUCUGCCACUGCUAAAUAUCACGAUAUGCUGAAUAAUGUAAGAGAAUUUAUGAAAUUGCAUGAGGUGCCGAAAGCUCUUAGUGAACGUGUUAUGGAUUAUGUUGUUUCAACAUGGGCAAUGUCGAAAGGAAUAGACACAGAUAAAGUAUUAAACUACUGCCCUAAAGACAUGAAAGCAGACAUUUGUGUGCACUUAAAUCGUAAAGUAUUCAACGAGCAUCCUGCCUUCCGUUUAGCAUCUGAUGGUUGCUUAAGAGCAUUAGCAAUGCAUUUUCAAAUGUCUCAUUCAGCACCAGGCGAUUUAUUGUAUCAUACUGGUGAAAGUAUAGAUUCUCUAUGUUUUAUAGUAACCGGUAGCUUAGAAGUAAUUCAGGAUGACGAAGUUGUGGCAAUUUUGGGAAAAGGAGAUGUAUUUGGUGAUUCUUUUUGGAAGGAUUCUGCUGUCGGACAAAGUGCUGCAAAUGUUCGUGCGCUUACUUAUUGUGAUUUACAUUCAAUCAAACGAGACAAAUUAUUAGAAGUUUUAGAUUUUUAUCAAGCCUUUGCGAAUAGUUUCGCGAGAAAUUUGUUGCUUACAUACAAUUUAAGACAUCGUCUUAUAUUUAGGAAAGUUGCUGAUGUUAAGCGAGAAAAGGAACUUGCGGAGAGACGGAAAAAUGAGCCACAAUUGGGUUCAACCCAGGAUCAUUUGGUAAGAAAAAUUUUUUCAAAAUUUCGUCGAGCACAACAAUCAGCACAGUUAAGUAAAGAAGGUUCACAAAACAGUGAUGUCGAAAAGGGUGAUACCGAUCAGGAAUCGAAAAAGCUUCCUGCUAAGCUUACAUUGACUGAAGACUCUCGAGUUGUAACAACAGUUCCAACGUCUACACCAUCGCCAUCAGGACAACCUACAACGGGGCCAAAAUUACGACCUGGUAGUAAAUGGGGUCGUUUACUGGGAAGCUCAAGUGUUGAUUCUGCCAGUGAUGGAAGUGCAAAAACGUCUGUAUCAAGGAGUUUAAGUGCCCGAGAAAGUUUACGAGAAACAUCCCAGGCAAGAGCAGCGAACACUCCUAAUAACAAUGGUGGUCAAGGAAAUAAAGUAUUUCCAAAAUCAGCUAAACUCUCACCGGGACCAGUAUCUUUAACAAGACAAGACACAAUUGAGGAAAGUGGUGAAGCAGAAUCAAAUAGUCGUGAAUCAUCUCAUCGUCCAUCGAUUCAAAUAGAUGGUCAAGAAAAAGAAUCAGUGACAACUUCUCCUGCAACGGUAGCAGCAUUAGCAACAAGAGGACGUGACCGAGAUCGUGAGAAGAAAGAGAAGGAAGAACGAAACUUGUCGCUAGAGCGUGAAAGGCAAAUUGAAAUGGCUAAAGCCCGCGAGACAACUUCUGAUAGUUAUGAUACGGGGUUACGAGAGCAACCUUCAACACUGGCACAAAGAGACCUAAUAUCCACUGUGCUUGAUAUGAAAGUUGAUGUAAGGCUUGAAAUGCAAAGAAUGUCACAACGAAUAGGGCGAAUUGAAGAUUUAUUAACUGACUUAUUGAAUAGAUUAGUUGUUGACUCAUCAGAACAAAGUUCACCAGGCGAUAUUUCAGUGAAUCCUGUUGAUCAAGUGACCUCACCCACUGGAACAUCAAUUCAAGUACCUACAACAUCAUCAAGUAGUUUUCCAGGAGGAAAUGGACUAGGACCAAUUUUGCUUAGAAAACGUCGAGCAAAAAAUAGAAAAGCUCCCGCACCACCCCCAACAAAACAGUUUCCGGUAGAAUCUGAACAAUCUCUCCUCAUAGAAUCUGAUAUGCCAUCGACUUCAACAAGAAAGCGUGAGUUCCUCUAGCCCAAAAUUCUUCUUCGGCAUAGACAUAGUAGUGAAAAUACAAGCUCCGAUCUUGGAUGAUGGAGUCCUGAAUCAACUCUGCUUUAAAUAAUAUUUAAAAAAUAGCUAUAAUGAUAAUGAUUAAAUUUAUGACGUCCAUUUAAGUUUUUACAUAAAUACACAAUGAAAAAUAUUAUGUUCUAUAUACACAGACAAACAAACAUACAAACAUUUAUAUACAAAACAAUACAAAUAUAAUUACACAUGAGCAAUCUUUUUACUUUUCUUCCAUUAUAUUUACCAAGACUUUAAGAAGUGAAGAAGGAAGCGGAUUAUUUAAAAAAUUAAUAAUUAUUCGUAAAGAAAAAUGUUAAAAUGUGUGAAUUAUUAAUACAAUUGUGCACACAAUCGUCAUAAAAUGAAGCAUUUUUUUUGGCAGGCUUACAUUUCGAAUAAAAGUCAUUAGUAUUUUGUUGAAACCCCUUAAAAAUUGUUAAGUAUAUAAAAUAUUCAUAAAUAAUGCAAUUUAAUUUGCAUCGAAUAUCACAGGUAACGCGUUAUUGCACGUUAGUGAAAGUCAAAAUCUUCAUCAGUUGCUCGAAAUGAAUGUUGUCUUUAACUUGUUUCAAUUUUACAAACACUCA